AUGUCUGGUUCAGGAGGCUUCGCCGUUUCUCGGACCCACGGCGGCGACCGAUUCUACAAUCCGCCGCCGGUUCGACGCCAGCAGUUGCUGCUGCAGCAGGAAAAGUUGCAGAGGCAGCAGGAAAAGUUGCAGAGGCAGCAGCUCUUGAGGCCGCUGAAGUCGGAUGCGGCGGCGGAGGCGGAGAAUCGGACUGACUCGGACGAUUCGACGACCACAUUGUCGAAACCGACGCCUUCUGUCUGCUCCUCGUCUUCUUCCCCUCCUAGGCCGCCGGCGGCGGAUGUUACUAACUUGGAUCGUCUAGUGGAAUCUGUUACUCCAUUCAUUCCCGCUCGACUCUCCCCCGAGGUGAAUGGAAAGGGUUGGAGAACUCGGGAAUCUGAUGUGCAGCCAUACUAUUGCCUAGGGGAUCUUUGGGAGUCUUUCAGAGAGUGGAGCGUAUAUGGAGCGGGAGUGCCUCUUUUGUUGAAUGGGAAAGAUUCAAUUAUGCAGUAUUAUGUUCCAUUCUUGUCGGGCAUUCAGUUGUAUGUAGAUCCACGGGCGAGGAUUAGGAGGCCUGGUGAGGAGAGUGAUGUUGAGUCUUCACGGGAGACUAGUAGUGCUGGUAGCAGUGACUGUGAAGCAGAAAGGAGAGCCAAAUCUGUGGUGGAUGGAUCGUGCAGUCAUCAGAAGCUUGUGAAUUUGAAUUCCCAGCGAAUGAACGGACUCUCAUUGAGAGACAAAUCUGUCAUGAGUUCGUCCAGUGAUGAAGCAGAGAUGAGCAAUUCACCUGGGACGCUCUUGUUCGAAUUUUUGGAACACGAACAACCGUAUAAUCGCAGACCUCUAACUGAUAAGGUUUCACUUCUUGCAUCUCAGUUUCCAGAUCUUAGGAGUUGUGAUCUACUAUCUUCAAGUUGGAUUUCAGUGGCUUGGUAUCCUAUUUAUAGAAUACCCAUGGGGCCAACACUUCGUGAUCUGGAUGCAUCCUUUUUAACCUUCCAUUCUUUGUCAACGUGCUCUACAAGCAAUGGGCGGUGGCGGUUUCAUGGUGCAAGUGGUAGGAAGGUACAUGGGGCCGGCAUUGAUGCUUCUCCAAAAAUUUCUCUACCAGUCUUUGGCCUUGCUUCGUACAAGUUGAAAGGUUCAAUCUUGACUCCAACUGGACCCGAUGAGUGCGAGAAAGAAAACUCUCUACUGCAAUAUGCUGACGAUUGGCUCCGCAGUUUGCAAGUCACUCUUCCUGAUUACCAGUUCUUCCUUGCUCACUACUCGCAGUGGAGAUGACAGGGGUGAUGAAGUGGCUUCCAAUCUUUUGAUUUUCUUCCAAAAAUGGGCAAAAGUUUGUUGUCAAUCUUGGGGCGAACAUUGUUAAAAGCUAACUUGCCAGGAAACCCCUCCUUCCCAUUGUUCGCAGCACUUUUGAAUAUUGUGCAGUGUUGUAGCUGUUCUCAUCCUCUAGUGUGUAGGCUUAUCUUGAAUCAGAGCUGCCCGUAUAAGUGAAAAAAGCUUGUUGGCUUCAGAUGGCCUCUCACUUGUGUUGUUGUGGUAGGGGAAACUGAAACUGUUGUUGAUUUUGAUGUAUUGGUGGUGGAACCACCUACUUCGUUUAGACAGUGUUCACAAAAACUGGACCAUUGUCUACAAUAGUGGUGAAAAUUUGUAAUCCUUUAUAGUUUGCACAGACACUUUAUACUAGUAGAUGUUAAAACAAGCUUUUUGUUAA